ACGCAGCGCGACCCGCGCUCCGGCUCCGCGGCGACCCCGGACUCUGCAGGCGGUGCGGGACCCCACGGCCGUCUCCGCGCCUCCGGCGGCUCGGCAGGAAUGUCCCUACUUGAUCUUCAUGGACUUGGGCUUGUGGAGGAAGGCACUAUGGAAAUCUCUGCUAAGAGGAACUGCAGCCACGAUUCUCCUCUGCUUUUCAGUGGGAUUCAUGGAGCCCAAAUACCUCUCUCAUGUGUUAUAUAAGAUAGAGUAGCCUUGGCCCAGAUAUAGCUGACCAAGGAACCAAAUGAGCAGAGACAUCUGUGUCCACACAUGGCCAUGCUCCUACUACUUAGAACUUGAGAAGCGAUGGGUCCCAGGAAAACUUGCACUGACUUCUCUCUCGCUGAAAUUCACAACUGAUAAAACUGGAGAAAUUCUGGUCGACUUCCCGCUUGCCAGUAUAAUUGAAAUCAAGAAAGAGGCUUCUCAUUUCAUCUUCAGUUCUAUCACCAUCCUGGAAAAGGAUCACAUCAAGCACUGGUUCAGCGCCUUGCAGCCAAGUCGUAAUGCUGUUUUCAGCAUCAUUGAGCAUUUCUGGAGAGAGCUGCUGCUAUCUCAGCCAGGAGCUGCUGCUGGGCUGGCAUCCUCCCCUGUGACCAAAGGGAAGGAGCUGACCAGUCUGAUGGCCUGUUCCCAGAAGCGUCUGGAAGAUGCAGCCAAAGUCCUCCACCAUCAGGGUGAGCAGAUUGACAGCAUCGCAAGAGGCCUGGACCAGAUGGAAUCUGAUCUAGACGUGGCAGACAGGCUGCUGACAGAACUGGAAUCUCCUUCUUGGUGGCCCUUUGGCUCUAAGCUCUGGAAGACACCAUCAGAAAUGAGGCCCAGAAAAGAUGCCUCCACGGCGAGUUCCAAACCUCUUGGGAAAGAAGGGAUACUGAUUCAAGUUGCUGCUGUUAUUUCUCAGAAAGCAGAAUCCCAGGUGAAGCCAGGAAGGCUCACGCUAUUGGUGUCUGGGUUGGAGAUCCAUGAUUCAAAUGCUUUGCUCAUGCACAGAUUUGAAAGAGAUGAUGUGGAUGACAUUAAGGUUCACACACCUUAUGAGAUCAGCAUCCGCCAGCGGUUCAUUGGGAAACCGGACAUAGCUUAUCGCUUAAUAUCUGCCAAGAUGCCUGAGGUCAUCCCCAUUUUGGAAGUGCAGUUCAGCAGGAAGAUUGAGAUGUUGGACGAUGCCUCAAUGCUGCAAAGCACUGGACCCUCCUCCACAGCAGAGAAGGGCAGCUCGGUGUGGCGUGCAGCAUCUGAGCUGAUGUACCACAGCCUUUCAGGAGAGCCAUCCUCAGGAAACCAGGAAGGCAAGUCUCUCCAGCUGCAGGCCAGCGAGCCACCGAUUUCUGAGGGGGAAGCUCAGGAGCUGAAACAGAUUCUUAGAAAGCUGAAGAGUCUUGCCUUGGAUGCUGAAACAGAGCUGGAGAGACAGGAAGAGGCCCUGGAUGGCAUCACCUCAGCCGUGGACCGCACAACUGUGACCAUCAACAAGCAUAACUGUCGAAUGAAAAGACUGACCUAGAAGGAAAAGAAAGCAUGGAGGUGACCACUCAGAACAGACUCACUUCUUUGAGCAUGUCAACCCCUGCACGCUUCCCAAGACAAGAGCUGGGAGGUGACUCACAGCCACAGGCAGGUAGAAGGGCCGUGUAGGGGCCACAUGCACUGCAGCUCGUCCACCGUGGCAGCCUGAGGGAGCCCCACAGCCAUGCUCAGCAGCACUUCCUUUAGAAGUGACCACUUACACAUCGAGCAAUCCCAGUUCUUCAGCCAAAUGCCCUGCAUUUUCAUCCUUUCUCCAUGCUUGCCAGGGUCAAAGAACAAGUUUCAUCGUUAGGAAAGAAAUCUUUCAGUUUCUAACUAGGGAUCAUGCAUGACAGGUCUUAACCUGCCUUCUCCUCAGGCUGUGUGGGUCCCUUUACCUUGAAUUGGUUCCCUUUUUUGUUUGGAGGAUAGCCAGUUUCCUGUUUUGUAAAAUUCUAACUGAAGCUCAGAGCCUAGCAUGCCAGUUGUCAUCCUACACAUAAACACCUGAAACAUUUUCUAACAUAAACAUAGUAAGUUAACAUGCCUACUUUAUGUCCUUUGCAUGCAGGACCCCUUCUUGCAUCCACUGUACUGCAUGGUCUGACCACGACCAAUCAGGACCCAAAAAAACAAUAAAAAGAGGGGCUGGAGCGAUAGCACAGCAGGUAGGGCACUUGCCUUGCACGCAGCCAACCCGGGUUCUAUUCCCAGCAUCCCAUAGGGUCCCCUGAGCACCACCAGGAGUAAUUCCUGAGUGCAGAGCCAGGAGUAACCCCUGAGCAUCGCCGGGUGUGACUCAAAAAGAAAAAAAAAAGAUAAGACUUUUGGCGGCCGUAGCAACAGUACAAUGAGUAGGAUGUUUACCUUGCACCCUGCCAACCUGGGUUCUGUCCUCAGCAUCUCAUAAGGUACCCUGAGCCCACUAGGGGUGAUCCCUGAACACAGAGCCAAGAGUAGGCCGUGAACACAGCUGGGCAUGCAAGAAACAACAACAAAAAGAAUUUUGUUCUUUCUUGCCCAGUUUAUAUCCAAAAGCAAAAGAAAUGCUAGUUUUCGAAUAUUCUUAAGGUAGCACUGACUGGUGCUGCUUUUUACCUGGCUCUGUGACUAAGUUGGCAGUCCCUGGGAAAGUUCUGGGGGGAGAGGUGGAUCCCGCCCAGCCCCACUCCAUACAGACCAGUUUGACUGCCCUGAGUGUCUAUGCGUGGACCAGAGUGUGUGUGCUAGCUCUGCUGGGACGGCACUCUGCCCACCCCCUUCACUCACUGUCCCAGUGAUCCUCCAAACCAGGUGAGUGAGUGCCAUGGGGCAGAGGUGACGAGAAGCUCAGUACAGCAGACCUGUACCCACCAGGUCUGGAGGCGAGGGCACUAAGAUCAGGACAAGGCCUGGCAAGUGCCCCCCAGAGGCCCUGCCAGCAGGUCCUGCCUGCUUCUUCCAGCUGCUGGUGUCCCCCUCCUCCCCAGCCCCAGGCAACCCUCGUUGGUUUCUGGAUGGCUCCGGUGACCAUCGCCCCGGUCUCUUCUCCCCUCUUCCUGUUACGAGGACACCUGUCAUCGCAUUCUGGACCCUCUCUAACCAGGGUCAUCUCCCCAUAUCAAUCCUGGCCUUGAUUCCAUCUGGAAAACAUUCUGGGGUUAGGUGAGCAUGAAUUUGGAGUGUCCAGGAUGCUCAGCCGUAGGGAAGCAGACCCAUUACCAGACAGGGCAAGGGGCAUGUCUAGACAGCCACUGUCACAAGCCCUUCCUACUCGCCGUUCUCAGUCAGAUAAAUUAGUAGAAGCAAUGUGCUUUGUGUCACUUCAAAAUGAAGUCAGCUUGUCCUUUCAUAGCUCCUUAUCCUCACCCAUUAUUACCAUUUCUCACCCUUAUAACCUGAAGCAUAAUAGAAAAAAAAUGCACCUGCCGAACUGCGCUGGCUUCUGGACUCCAAGCACACACAUUGUCCUGCUUUCCCAACUGCUAGUGUGUAAAACUCAAGUGACAAAAUCCACGAAGGACCCCACAUUGCCAUGGUCUGAAUCAGGCUAGGCUGUCUCCUACAUGUUUACUUCCUAGAUGGCAUCCACCCUCACUUCCAAGUCAGGCCCAUAUGUGUUUCUCAUGGAGUUUCUCCCCACCACAUGUUUGGGACACAGGGACAGGGACAAACUGUUUGCCUUGUUUCUGUGUCUACAGAGAAUAGUCUCUGAAUCAGGUUUCUCUCAUAGGCUGUGCUUCUGUUCAGUUUCACACACUCCAGAAAGCUGACGGGAGACACCCCUCACGCAGCCUGGCAUUGAUACCACCACUGGGCUGACACGUCACCCAGAAUUCUGACUCUUGUGCUGGGAGUCGGCGAUGAGCAGUGUCUUUCUCUCUAAAGACAUGGCCGGGCUGAGCAGGAACAACCACUUCAGCUUGGUCUCCCACGCCAUUUUCGCGAAGAUAGCCUGGACUAGUGAGCAAAUGAGCAUGUUCUGUUCCAAUAAAAUCGUAAAAUUAGAAUUCCGUAUGUGCAUUUCAUGUCACAAAUUGUUAUUCAUUGUUAUUUUCCUUAGUGACUUGAAAACUGAGCAGGCCGCUCGUUUGCAGGCCCCAGGAUAGGCUGGUGCCCAACAGACACAUCCUGUGCGGGUGCUGGCUGCCUGGCCAGGUCUGUCCUGCAAGGAGAGUCACUCAGCUCCCUGGCCCCACACUCCAGCCACGUGAAGCCCAGGGCUGCAGCCCAGACAGUUUUGUCUCUCUUCAGGCCGCAGCUCUAGGAAGGGCAGAGUGUGGUGGGUGUUGGCUGGGCUGAUCCUACAAGUAAUUUCUCUAGAGGCCAAAUCAGCACAUCAGAAAUUUCACAGGUAGAGAAAACAAAAUUCCAUCAGUGCUUAAGACUUCUCAGGCCUGGGGAUAGCUCAGUGGCAGAGUAUGUGACCCCCAGCACUGCCCCAGAGCCACACAACUGCAGGCCCAAGGCCGACCAUGGCCACGCGUAGGCCCCUGCCACACUGAUAACAACAAUGAAAGGAAGGAACGAAUCAAACCAAUCUGGUCCUACUUUAUUUU